AGAAAUUCAUAGGGAAGAAAAGAGGUCCUCAAAUAUGGUCUAAGGUUCUGCUUGCUGCAGAGAAGCAGCUCAUCAGUCUAGAAGGACAGGCUCCUGAGAGCUGCAGGCUGCAAAAAGGUAAAACUACGGCAUUGAAGGUUUGAAGGAUGGGUAAAGACUUUCGCUACUAUUUCCAGCAUCCCUGGUGUCGCAUGAUUGUGGCUUACUUGGUCAUCUUUUUUAACUUCUUAAUAUUUGCGGAGGACCCAGUUUCUCACAGCCAAACAGAAGCCAAUGUUAUUGUUGUUGGAAACUGUUUUUCAUUUGUAACAAAUAAAUACCCUAGAGGAGUUGGCUGGAGGAUUCUGAAGGUGCUUCUGUGGCUCCUUGCCAUUCUCAUAGGACUAAUAGCUGGAAAAUUUCUAUUCCAUCAGCGUUUGUUUGGUCAGUUGCUCCGGUUAAAAAUGUUCCGAGAAGACCAUGGAUCGUGGAUGACAAUGUUCUUCAGCACAAUUCUGUUUCUCUUUAUAUUUUCUCACAUAUAUAAUACAAUUCUUCUUAUGGAUGGAAACAUGGGAGCAUAUAUCAUUACAGACUAUAUGGGCAUCCGCAAUGAAAGUUUCAUGAAAUUAGCUGCAGUAGGGACCUGGAUGGGGGACUUUGUCACAGCUUGGAUGGUCACUGAUAUGAUGCUUCAGGACAAGCCCUAUCCUGAUUGGGGAAAAUCGGCAAGAGCUUUCUGGAAGAAAGGAAAUGUCAGGAUCAUUUUAUUCUGGACGGUUCUUUUCACUCUGACUUCAGUGGUUGUACUUGUCAUCACAACUGACUGGAUCAGCUGGGACAAGCUGAAUCGUGGAUUUUUACCCAGUGAUGAAGUUUCCAGAGCAUUCCUUGCUUCCUUCAUCUUGGUCUUUGACCUCCUUAUUGUGAUGCAGGACUGGGAGUUCCCACACUUUAUGGGAGAUGUUGAUGUGAAUCUUCCUGGGUUGCACACUCCUCACAUGCAGUUCAAGAUUCCAUUCUUCCAAAAGAUCUUCAAGGAAGAGUAUCGCAUCCACAUAACAGGUAAAUGGUUUAACUAUGGAAUUAUCUUUCUCGUCUUGAUUUUGGAUCUUAAUAUGUGGAAGAACCAAAUAUUUUAUAAACCUCAUGAAUAUGGACAGUAUAUUGGCCCAGGACAGAAGAUAUAUACAGUGAAAGACUCAGAGAGUUUAAAAGAUUUGAACAGAACCAGAUUGUCCUGGGAAUGGAGGUCCAAUCAUACUAACCCACGGACCAAUAAAACCUAUGCUGAAGGCGAUAUGUUCUUGCACAGCAGGUUCACAGGGGCAAGCCUAGAUGUCAAGUGUAUGGCUUUUGUUCCAAGUUUGAUAGCUUUUGUGUGGUUUGGAUUCUUCAUUUGGUUCUUUGGACGUUUUUUGAAAAAUGAGCAAGGCAUGGAGAAUCAAGACAAAACUUAUACUCGCAUGAAAAGAAAAUCCCCAUCAGAACAUAGCAAGGAUAUGGGGAUCACUCGAGAGAACACCCAGGUCUCCGUGGAAGAUCCACUGAAUGACCCUCCUUUGGUUAGCAUCAGGUCUGAUUUCAAUGAGAUUGUCUACAAGUCUUCCCACCUUACAUCAGAAAACUUGAGUUCACACUUGAAUGAAUCUACCCUAGGAACAGAAGCAGAUCAGGACCCAACCACUUCUAAAAGUACAUGUAUGGACUAGACUCAGGUGGAGACAGCACAAAAAGCACCCUUGAGUGUAACUUUAAAUAUUUAGUCUUUCAUUUUGUAUAUGUAAGGUUUACAUAGCAUUAGGUAAAGAAAUACAAACAAUGCCACAACGGUGCUCAACAUGCUUUUUCUAGGACUCAUUGUUUUCUAUCUGUAUUAUAAUCCACGUGCCUACUAUAUGUUUAAUGGUCCUCUAGAGACUGCUUUCCACAACUGCACAAGCUGUUUCCUGACUUUCCAGCAGAGUAGAUUAGCCAGUUACCCAUGUAUCUGAUGUUCAGCCAUAGUGGUGCCUUGAGACAUGAAACUGUUAUCACUGUACCAGACAUGAAAUGUGCAAUGACUCUCUAACCUAUUUUACAUGGGAUUUUUUUUAUACAAUUAUGUUGAUUAACACUUGAUGUCUGAGCAGGGAAACAGACAUAGUUGAAAUGUGACUGAGGAAAGAUGUCUCAGUUUACUGUUCCACAGCACUGUUGGUGACAUUGACACCUGGGAUGUAGAGGAGCAGAGUGAUUACCUUUUAAAUGCUAUUGGCUGUCUGCCAAAUACAAAUACAGAUGCAAAAUUCAGUAAGAGGAGAAUUGAAGUCCAACAUGGGUCACUACUCGUGAAAUGUGACUUUCUCCAGCCAGUAAUUACAAUUAAGUGAUAAUACCUAAUUAUGUUUUCCUAAUUAAAGAUAAAUUGCUACUUAAUUAAAAAUCCUGCCCUUUACCUUUGGGAACAAAGGUUAAGAGGCACAGUUGUAUGAAGUCUUAAAUCUAUUGGCAUUUAUGCAAAGUCCUAGACAACUAAGGAACUGAAGUUGUAAUCACGUGAAGGUUGCACAGACCCCUAUCCACAGUAUUGCUCAUUUGGCUGUAAAUGUGGCUCUGGACAGUGAAAUUGCAGCAAACAUUUGAGAACCUUGAGCAAGAAAAUUAUGCUACAAUUCAUUUGGUGCAACCUUGUCGUGGAAAAAGCUGUGUAAGAAUCUGUUUAAUGUCUUUUGUGUAUGUGCAUUUUUGUUUUGGUUUCAUUUUUAAAGUGUGAACAUCAUGCAUUAAUAAAGAAGAAUUAUAUGACAGUA